GCCGGCCGAGGGGCGGGUCGGGCGGCUCAUCUGCCGAGCCGGGUCACAUGCCGAGCGGAGCCGGCACCUCCGGGACGACACUGGCCACUCGGCACACGACCUUGCCCUCCAGCCUCCGCCAAUUAGCCCAACACGCUGUGUGAAGUGUGUGACGUCACGUGGCCGGGCCGGCGCGGUGGGCGCCCGUAUAAAGGUGCCGCCGGCCGGCCGGAAGUCACAGUGCCCCCUGUCGGUGUCACAGCGACCACCUGCCUGGACCUGCAGCCUCAGCCAUGAGACAGACGCUCGCCGUCACGGUCGCCGUGUGCGCCGCACUGGCCGCUCUGGCCAGCGCCGACGACAACAAGCCCCAGCUGAGCCUGCCGAAGGCGAACCUCUGCUCCAACCGCCAGAAGCACUUCUUCCACCGCGGCCACAGCUACCUGUUCUCGUGGCGUGCCAACGCUCAGCCGGAGACGUGGUUCCAUGCUCGCAACUACUGCCGCGACCGCUGCAUGGACCUGGUUUCCAUGGAGACCGGCGAGGAGAACGAGCUCAUGAAGAACAUCGUCCAGGAGGGAACCCGCAACGGUCAGUCCAUCUGGACCUCGGGACGUCUCUGCAACUUCAACGACGACUGCAAGCGUCCCGACCUGAACCCGAUCCGAAUCAACGGCUGGUUCUGGGCCACCCCGCGCGUGCGCAUGCUGCCCUCCGACCAGAAGACGCCCUUCUCCGCCAACCGGGCCGUCAACGACUGGAGCUCUGCCGGACGGUGCGGCGCCCAGCCCGACCAGUGCGACAACCGCGUGGACGAGGCCUGCAUGACCAUUGGAAACAACCUCUUCGGAGAUGGCAUCAAGUGGCACGAUGAGACGUGCCACAUGCAGAAGCACUUCAUCUGCGAGGAUUCCGACGAGCUCAUCAACUUCGUGCGCUUCAACAACCGCGGAAUCAACCUGUGAGGACCCCACGGGCCGCAGCGGACACUUGAUACUCACCCGAAGAUGGAUAACAGUGCCACACUUCUUCAGUGCUGCUUCGACGCAAUAAGCUGCCAAGGCCAUUAGUGUGAUACUCAUGAAAUGAUGUGGUGAAUGUCUUAUUUAUUUUCGUGAGCCUGCCUGAUAGUGACUUCUUGCUUGUGUACUAUAUUUAUCUGACAAUAAAUCGAACAA